UUCUGAUAUUACGUAAAAAUCGUCGGCGCUAGCUCUCUCGUUGCCGUAAGCAAUGAAUACGUCGUCUUCUCGAAAGAAGUCUUGCAGAGUGAGUACCGCGCUUCCUCCCAAGGCGAAUAGUUUUUUGAUUGCGCCACUGUCCAAUUUAACGACACACGUGAGAUCCGUCAUAACCUGAUCAAACGACCUCGCUGUCUUCUUAUUCAGGAGAUGACGGACAACUCUGCGUGGCUUCACACCAUUACGGAUAACAGUAAUGAUACGUGGAAAUACGAAGUGGGUAGGUUCAACCUGAAGAAAGGUUUGGAAAGGUUUCGUUCAAGCAAAAUCUUGACAGAGAGAAAAAAAUUCAAGAGUCAAGAAAAGGCAACGAUACACUGA